CGCGUGUUUGGCCCGUAUGCAAGGGAUCUUCGAUCUCAAGGCGCUUAUUUCGUCUGAUUCACAGCUUACAGCCUCGAUAUUCAGCCUCGUUUGUCGCGGCAGCAGAGACUGGCAUCAUGUCUCUUUCAUUUAAUCGCGGCCCCCUCGUUACUUUUCGAGUGGACCAUCAGCGCAGCGUACGGCUAUAUCUAUAGAAGUGGCGGGGACGCUUCACUAUAUCCAGCAACAUAAAAUACGAAAGGAAACAUUGGGCUCUCAGCCAAAACUAUUAGAGAAACUCUUCUGUUUGAACAAAUCUCGUCUUACUUAUACCUUCUACUUUUGAUCGCUCUCUUCAACCCGAAUGAGCAACGAAAUCUCAUUUCAUUUCACUACACUGGCCUGCUCCAGGUAGUCGUUUACGGCUACUGCUCAUCACGAUGCUUGCUUCUACGCCAAUCUUGUACAGCGUGUUGCUGCCUGGGACCUUCUUUGGCGCAGUCGUGGGGGCUUUGGACUACAGACGGUAUGAUGGAGUCCACCGCGUGACGAAAUCACCUCAAUCUACACAACCAAUCGCGGCGACAAUAACAACGGCCAUCAAUACAAGCGUAUCAACUAGUAUCGCGGUCACAUUUGCAACAGUGGUCGUUAGCGCCAAGAAUUCAGAUAUUCCAAUUCGUCUUAGCAGGUUGGAGGGUCGAAUGAAUGGCGAUGGCGCCAGCCAAGCAGCCGGCACUAGCACUUCCACCUCCAUCCCAGAAUAUGCGUCUUCAGCAGCUGAGACGGACAACAGUGGCAGCGACAGCCAGGAUAGCCUGUCAUCGACACAGUUGGGGGGUAUAAUUGGAGGAGCUGCUGCGUUUCUUGCAUUAGUGGUUGCUGUGGCCUGUGUUUUGAUCCGGCACAUUGACAGGCUAGCUGACCAGAUAGCCAAGAUACCUCGAUCAUCCAAGUCUACCAGCACAAGGAGAUCAAGACCUAAGCCAACCAGCAUAUCAUCGUCAGAUACCGAUAGCAGAGAUUCGCGAGAGGAUUCUGUCAUCGAGUCAAUGCGGCGGUCAUCAUUACGGCGCUCACAAGCUCAUCGGAAAGCUAGAUCUACAGCUCGUCGUAACAACCAGCGCCGCAACGGUCUAUACGUUGCUGCAGCCGGCAACCCUCAGGGAGAACGUGUCCAAGAGAACCAGGAUCGUUCAACUGAUAUACCCCUCCGAACAUUACCUCGGCCUACCAUCAAUCGCCGCCCUGUCCCGGCUCCAAAUCCGGCGCAUGCGGGCAUUGUGUCGCCUGCACCAAUUAAUGCUAUUUCUCCGAGGCUAUUGAGCUCACCAUCACCGGUCAGCGCCAUAUCCUCGGAACUCGAAGCGUGCUCGCUUGCGCAAGAAUUGGCUGGAAUAUCAUCUGCGGAAAGCCUGGCAGCAGACUCGCUCAUACACUAUGCCCGAGAUAUACCCCCGAGUGAUCUCCCGAGGGUUGCUGUUAGGCCGCCCCUCGCAUACCAAUGGAUGAAGAGCAUAGGUCUUCUGAGGCAGUCAGAGAAUGUGUCUCCCGAGCACUUCAGUCUCGAUGAUGAUGACGAGGAAUGGCACGGAUUCUACGGAGCCAGAGGCUAUAUGGCAGGACGAACUGGACUUGGUAUAACCUAUCCAGAAACCUUGGGGGAGAGUCGAGUACGGAUGGGCCACGUCAGAGAGGGGAGCAAUUGACAUUUAUGAUACCACCAGCAUUUCCAACCUUUUCUAUUAAAUACCCAGGAUACGAAUUUUCAGCUCAUAGAGGAGGAACUCAAUGGGGAGGUUUGAAUAUUUUUAAAACUGCAUUGCGGUUGCAUACGGCGCUAUUUUGCAUAUGAUACAGCGAGGCACAUAUUGAUUUCAUGCUACAUACAUACAUAUAUAGUACACGGCAAGAGUAUGGGAAUAGCAGUAAAGCUUGUUUAAAAUAGAAUAUAGAGAAUGUAAUAGAUAAUGUUAAUGUUAC